AUUUUGAGGCAGAAAAAAUCAAGUAUAAGUACAAAUGCCUGUAAAAUUAAAGACAAAUUUAUUAUAUUGGCUAAGGGUAAAAGUCUUACCGUGCAUUUUGACUCCAAAAUUAUGGUAGAAUUGAGAGAAAUUGGUAAAGAAAAAGUUGAAAGAUUAGCUGUGCUAAUCAGUUCACCAGAUCUUUCAGAAUCCCAACUUUUGGGUAUUUUAAUUGUGAAAGAUAGCACUGCUGAGUCUCUUGGGAAAGCAAUCAAAAAAACUUUACAAGACUGGAAGCUAUUUGACGAUGUUGAUUGUCUGUCCUUUGACACCACAGUCACAAAUACUGAUUGGCUAAAAGGAGUCUGUACUCUUAUUGAGCAGUGGAGAGGAAAAGCUUUGAUUUGGAUGGCUUGUCGUCAUCAUGUCUACGAAUUACAUAUAAAGCACUUUUCAAGUGUUCUUACUGGAGGUAAAACAAGUUGACCGAAG